AUGCGUCCCAUCAAAGCUCGUGAACAACUCACUAUACCAGAUGACGUUAAAGUCAGUGUAAAAAGUCGUGUUGUUCAAGUAGAAGGCAAACGAGGCAAACUUGUACGAAGUUUUCGUCAUGCUCGUGUUGAUAUAUCAAUGCCAAAAAAGAAUUUACUUGUUGUUGAAAAAUGGUUCGGUACAAAUAAGGAAAAUGCUGUUGUGCGUACUAUUUGUUCGCAUAUUAACAAUAUGAUGAAAGGUGUUACAAAGGGUUAUUGUUACAAGAUGCGUUCAGUAUACGCUCACUUUCCAAUCAAUACUGUUGUUACCGACAAUGGUCAAGCAGUUGAAAUUCGUAACUUUUUAGGUGAAAAAUUUGUUCGUCGUGUUAAAAUGCAACCAGGUGUUAAAGUAUCUGCUAGUACAAAACAAAAAGAUGAACUUAUUUUAGAAGGCAAUGACCUUGAACUUGUAUCACGAUCAGCUGCACUUAUUCAAAUGUCAACAGCAGUUAAAAAUAAAGAUAUUCGUAAAUUUCUUGAUGGUAUCUAUGUCAGCGAAAAAGUAACCGUCGAUGAAGCGUAA